UCGAAGGGCCGAUUAUCACACUCACUGUCCUCCGCCGUCUUACGACGACCACUGCGACUACUAUUACUACGACUACCCUCAUCUAGCACCAGCCAGUUCCUUCAGAUCCAUAUCCGCGCCCUCCUACGCUACCUGAAGUGUGCUUUUCUGAAUGGGUUUCGCAGGUUCUUGAGUGCUUUGCGUGGGAAAGCUUGGGGAGGUUCCUUUUGAGGUGAGGAUUGCUGUUGGAUUGCCGAGGGCUGCUGAAUACGGCGUAAUCAUACGUGGAGAAAGACGAAUUUGGAUUUUUUUGAUUAUUGGGCGUCGAAGCUGCUGUGAAUUUGCACACUAUCGCAGGCACCUAGUGGGAGGAUCACCGUGGAACGUUCAAGAUUGUAGUUUCUGCAGAGCGAAGCACGUGGGUACCACGUUUUGAGGGCUUCUUUUGGAUUGUGAAAGGAGCUUUGUGGUUGGUUGCGGUUGAUCAUAAUGGAUGGGGAGCCUGAUGAAAUGCGAAGUUUAGGGGUUGUAGGGAUAUGCAAGGAGGUUUUCAAUCUCUUGCGAUCUCAUCUGCGUCUUUUCGUUUCAUUAGCCUUUACUCUGGUGCUGCCGUUGGGGCUCGUGAUAUUCUGUCAUACCUUGGUUUCCGAUCCUUUGAUGAACAAGAUUGGCCGAAAUGAAAAUGAAAAGGCGACGGAAAUACCUGGCUCUCCAGCAGCAGUCCGCACCCAGAAUCGCCUGGAUGCCGAGUUUUUUGCACUUGCUAUCAUAACCAUCCUCUAUUUUGUAUUUGUGUUAGCCUUUUCUCUCCUCUCAACUGCAGCUAUCGUAUACAGUGUAGCUUGCAUCUACACAGCCAAAGGAUUGUCCUAUGCGAAGGUGAUUAGCGUGGUUCCCAGGGUCUGGAAGCGCCUGUUAUUCACAUUUCUGUGGGCCAACGUACUGAUUUUCUUGUACUACGUCGCCCUCUUUUUUAUUUUCGUCAUCCUGUUAUUUUUAUCAGCGAUCCUCAACGUGAAUUUGCUUAUAUUAUUUAUACCUGUAGUUAUCCUCUUCUACUGCCUGUUGAUAUACUUCAACUUGGUGUGGCACCUUGCGAGCGUCAUCUCUGUUCUAGAGGAGAGUUACGGCAUCGGCGCGCUAAAGAAAAGCGCGGAACUCAUCAAGGGCAAGCGGAGAGUUGCAUGCGUGGUGUUCGUCGUCUAUGGAAUGUGUACCAUCUUCGUGGUGUCUCUGUUCAACAUCUUCGUUAAUUCUAAUGAUCAUGUCAACAACUACUUCGGAAGGUUCUUCUUCGGAUUGUUCCUCUUGUUGCUGUGGACGUGUGUGCAUCUGAUCGGCAUUUUGAUUCAAACAGUUGUGUAUUUUGUUUGCAAGUCCUAUCACAACGAGAACAUCGAUCGGUAUGCACUUUCCGAACAUCUUGAUGGUUACUUAGGAGAGUAUGUGCCUCUCAAGGGCCCUGUUUCACUGGAAGCCCUGGAAGCUGAGUUAGAAGAUAGGUAAGAGUUUAGCUACCUAUUUAUUGUUUAGUUAAAUAGUAUCGAGGUCGGGCUCUGGAUUUAUGGUGUGAAAGACAUACCGACAUUAGUUGUGCACUAUCAGCCUGUUGUUCAGUUAGCUGUAGACUGUGUUGAUUAUGGAAUGGAAUUGUAAAUGGAUGCAAGGUGGUUAGAAUGAUCAUGCUGCCUUCAAGAGAGACGUAAUCAUGUCAACCAAUAUUUUUGGUUACAGGUUCAUUUUAGUCUCACGUGUUUAUAGAAUCUAUAUGUAGUCAUGACUAAGAUCCACUGUAGCAUGAGAUGUGUAGCUGGAUACAGCUAGAAAAUUGGUACUUCAUGAAUUGGGCCAUGGUUUGAGUUCUGAGCAGCAUUCAUACACGCUUGCUGAAUUGCUGUGAAUUAAUGAUCCACUUCUAGCUGUUUCUAUUCAGAGUUGAGGAAUUCUUAUAUAUUGGGAUUUGAAGUAGUCGGUACCAGCUGAGGUGAUACAAGAAAGACCAAGUAUUGUAAGCAAAUUUUGGGUGACAUGCAUUCACAACUUCGACGUGAUGCUGAACCCAUCUCAUUUGACUA